AGUGUCAGGCUGUGACGUCACAGAAGAAGCAGAGGAGCCAGACCCAAACUAAAACAGAACUUUAAAGUUCCCCCAGCUGCUUGGAUUUACUGGUUUCCAGUCUGAGGCUCAUCAGAGUUAUUGAAGCUCCGCCCACUCCGGUGACCUCACAGGGACACCUUCAGCUAGACCUCAGUGUACCAUGAUGACCUCGACACCUGACAGUGACACCAAGAAGAGGCCAGAAGAAGAGGAAGAUGAAGAUGAGGAGGAAGAGGAGGAAGGAUGGAGUCUUCCUCCCACCUCCAUGAAAACUUCAGAGGACGACAGAACCAGCCAAUCAGAUGCCGGCGAGAAACCUGCAGCAGGUCAGAGCAUCGGCUGGGACUCCGCGGAGGAGGCGGGAAUCACCCUGUCUGACUCUACUAGGGAGGAGUUGCUAUGGCAACAACGGAAGGAGGAGGACGAAGAGGAGACGAAGGCGGUGGGCUCAUCGCCUGAUGGACGAUUCCUGAAGUUCAACAUCGAGAUCGGGCGAGGUUCCUUUAAGACGGUUUACAAAGGCCUGGACACGGAGAAGACGGUGGAGGUGGCAUGGUGCGAGCUGCAGACUCACCGUCUGACCAGAUCCGAGCGUCAGCGCUUCAGUGAGGAGGUGGAAAUGCUAAAAGUUCUGCAGCAUCCCAACAUUGUCAGGUUCUUUGACUCUUGGAAGUCCACCAAAUGCAUCAUCCUGGUGACGGAGCUCAUGACGUCUGGAACUCUGAAAACGUACGUUCGAAGGUUCCGGCCGAUGAAGCUGAAGCUGCUGCAGAGAUGGAGCUUACAGAUCCUAAAAGGUCUUCACUUCCUGCACUCACGCUCUCCACCAAUCCUGCACCGAGACCUUAAGUGUGACAACAUCUUUAUCAAUGGACCCACCGCCUCGGUUAAGAUCGGAGACCUUGGGCUGGCGACACUCAAGAAGGCCUCGUUUGCCAAGAGUGUCAUUGGAACUCCUGAGUUCAUGGCUCCAGAGAUGUACGAGGAGAAGUACGAUGAAGCAGUGGACAUUUACGCCUUUGGAAUGUGCAUGCUGGAGAUGGCCACGUCAGAAUAUCCGUAUUCUGAAUGUAAGAAUGCGGCUCAGAUCUACCGCAAAGUCACCAAUGGAAUCAAACCGGAUAAUUUUUUCAAAGUACAAGUCCCAGAGCUGAAAGAGAUGAUCGAGGGCUGCAUUCGAACCGACAGCAGCAAGAGGUUUACGGUUCAUGACCUGCUGGAGCACCGCUUCUUCCAGGAAAAGACAGGAGUCUACGUGGAGCUGGGCGAGGAAGAUGAUGGUACAAAGGCGGCGCUGAAACUCUGGCUCAGGGUGGACGACAAAAAGAAACUUCGAGGCAAAUACAAAGACAACAACGCCAUCGAGUUCCUGUUUGAGCUGUACAAGGACGUCCCUGAGGAGGUGGCUCAGGAGAUGGUGAUCCUAGGAUUCGUGUGCAAGGCAGAUUACAAGGUGAUUGCCAAGGCGAUCAGAAACCGAGUGACUGCCAUAAAACGAGAGCGGGACAAAAAGCGCCGCCUCCUGGAGGAAGCCAUGAACAACCUUAAGGCAGCUGUUGAUAAGAAGGCAACUGAAGCAGCGCCCGAACAAUCCGAGGUUUCCCAUCAAAAACCUGCAUCUGCUGCUGGAAGGAUCAGUAAUCAGAAUGAAGUUUCUGCUGAUGUCCAAGUCCCGCUCAGGGCACCAACGCCCGCGGGGACGUCGGUGGCGAGUAGCAGCCCUGCAGAUUCUGGAAUCAGCAUCAUUUCCAGCAAAGCAGGAGAAGGAGAUGAGGAGGAAGACAAGACAACCAAACAAGCAUCUUUCUCCUCAGCUGCCUCUGAUGGUGAGACAGGAAACUCCUUCAACCUCUCCACAGGACCUGCCGACGCCUCGCCUCCUCCUCAAAACCCCGCCCUUGUUCCACAGACUCCUCCUCCUGUAAACCGUUCAGCUUCCAAACCCCCGCCAUUCCCUGUGCUGCGCUUCCCAAAGAGCAUUGCUGUGUCCCAAAGUGCUGGGACCCCUCCUAUUGAUUCUCCAUGGGGGUUCUCUUCCCCUGUUGACAGCUACUCCUCUGACAUAACCUCCGGUCUGAGUGACGGAAACGACGCCCAGUCCGAUCGGAGCAAACAGGAAGUGGCUAAAAGAGAGGCCACAAAGCAGUUCAGACGCAGAGCCAGAGCUCGGCUGCGGAUCAUAGGGGUGUCCGAUAAGGUGGACCGGGUGGUGGAGUGUCAACUGCAGACUCACAACAACAAGAUGGUGACCUUUAAGUUCGACCUGGAUGGAGACAAUCCAGAGGACAUCUCAUCUGUGAUGCUCCUUAGAGACUUCAUCAUGCCAUCCGAGAGGGAGGGGUUUGUUCUACGCAUGUAUGAAAUCAUCAAGAGGGCGGAGCUAAUGAUCCAUCAGCAGCAUCCAGGAGAUUCAAACAGGCAGCCCCACCUGAAUGCCUCCACCCUGCAUGAAUCGCAGUUAAAAGAAGCAAAUGAUCUUUCCAGAGCCAUGUCCACGUCCUCUUUACCUGAUAUUGAAAAUAGUGACCCCUCCCCUCUCAAAGCUGUGGAUUUCCACAUCGACACUGAGGCCACACCCCCCGUCAGGCCACUGAGGUCACAGUCUUUCCAGACCCCAUCAGCAUCCUUUUAUCAGCCCCCACAGUACCCCCAAAACUAUCCCCGAGACUCCAACUCUACUCCCCGAUCUCAUCUCACACCUGCUGCUCAAUACCACCUCCCAGCUCACCCCUAUUCAACUUACACUGCUUCCUUCCCUACUUUUUCCCCCAUCCCCCGACUCCCCCGGGUCCAGAGUAACCCUGCCCUCUUCCCCCCCACCUCCUCUCCACCAACGCCUCCUCCUCACCAGUGGCCCUCUCAAGACCAGCCUAUUUUUUCUCUGGCCAAUGUCCUCUCUGUGGCAAUGAGUGUAGCUCAGUCCCUCAUGCCCCAAUCUGGGGUCCCCAACCAGGCCUUAUACCCCCAGAGUCCACCUAUAUCUCCCCCAUUUCCUUACCCACAGACUGCCCCCAAUUCUUCUGCAUCUCCAUCUUUGGGCUCUAGUCUUCAUCAUCAAAGCAACGCCUCCUUUUCCAAUUCCUUUCCCAUACAACCGUCCUACUCUCCAGCAACACUUCAGGCAGGCUCAUCUAGGGGAACCCAGCAGGAAACAUCACCCAGCACCACCCAAAAAAACGCUCAGCUCAGGAAUUCUGUUGGUAAGGUUGACUUAACUGCGCCUCCUCAUGGUUCAGGGAUACCAUCUUCUCCCAGUCUGACCACUACUUCUGAUCCCAGAGAAGAGUUUUCUGACUCAUCAACUUCUUCCACUUCCUCUCCUCAUACAUCAACUCCUCGCAAAAUGGUGUCCCCUCCAGUUUCUCCAUCAGGAAGAAUGUCCCCUACCCUUAAAGUGAAAACACCACUGUUCACAGUUGGUCGCUUCCAAGUGUCACCUUCUCAGAGAGGUCCUCCCCUCCAUCAUCAGGAGGCAUCUCCCCGAGACAAGGCUGCUACCACAACAUCCCCCCAACUUCCAUCCAGUAAGAAUCAACCAGAGAGCAACACAGGAAGCAAUACAGAGGGCAGCCAAUCAGAGAACAGCAACCCCACAGUUACCUUCUCUUCAGCUGGUGUCCAUGACAGCCUGUCUGGUCAGGAGGGGAAGAAGUCAGGCAGUCGCAGGCUGAGUGUGAGCCUGUGGGAGGGGCCAGGAAGCAGCUUUAACCAAUCGCGGAGCCGGUCGGCCACCUACAGCUCUGAUGAAUCAGAGGGCGAAGAGAUGUGGGAGGAGCUAAUAGAACUUCGUCAAAGACACCUGGGUCAGGUGCAGAGCCUGCAGGUGAGUCAGAAGCGAGAGAUUGAGGAGCUCUAUCGCCUAAAGGGUAAAGUCCCACCUCCCGGCAUUGUCCCUCCGGCUGCCAUGUUGAAGCAUCGCCAUCGCCGCUUGUCCAACUCCGGAAUGUACGGCCUCCCACGUAGAAACAGCCUGCAGAAACUGGACACACUGCCCCCUUCAGGCAUCAUGAGGAAGGGCUCGGUCAGUGGCAGCAGCAGUGGAUCUCAGGACAGAGUUCUGAAGGGAGUGACCUUCGCUCCAGGACACAGCUGCAUGUGAGAGGGGAGCUGACUAAAACAUAAAGACCAUCACAGCUGUGGAAACGGAUGAAGAUGUAAUAAAGAG